AUGAACUUUAUUGAUUCAGACUCAGAAGAAAACCCUCCUCGACUCCCACCAUCAAAAUGGACAUUGAGAAGGAACCUGGUGGGCUUUUGGCUAUUUGGCCUGUGCAAUAACUAUCCGUACGUGAUUAUGUUGAGUGCUGCGAUGACCAUUCUUCACGACAAUGGGCUGCCAUCUGGGGAUGUUCAGACUAACACAAGUUCCAAUAGUUCAAGACACCUGCACUGUAAUCCAAUAGGGACAGGGGCAGUGCUGCUGGCUGAUAUCCUCCCAGUGAUUAUCAUCAAAGCCACAGCUCCUUUCUUCAUACAUAGAGUACAGUACAAUGUCAGAGUGGCAUUGGUAAUCUUGUUUGGUGCUGCCAGUUUUCUCACAGUUGCAUUUUCUCUUGAAGUAUGGCUAUCUCUUCUGGGUGUGGUGUUUGCCAGUGUCAGCGGUGGGUUGGGAGAACUGACUUUCCUGCAGCUGACGACUUUCUAUGAUGUGCACACAGUGUCAGCGUUUGCCUCAGGGACUGGAGGGGCAGGGUUAUUCGGAGCCCUCUCUUACGCGGGACUGAGAACUGCCAAGGUGUCGCCCAGGAAUUCUAUACUCAUUAUGCUUGUUAUACCUGUUGCCAUGGCAAUAGCUUUUUAUAUCAUUUUGGUCAAGCCCCCUCAGCUUGGAGGACAUUGUUUUGGUGGUAGAGAGUAUAGUCUUCUAGCCCCAGGUCAGGAGAGCAGUAGUUAUCAGGAAUCUGGGAAAACUGGUGCUGCUAUGUCAAGGUACACAUUUAAGGAAAAGCUUUUUCUUAUAAAGCCCCUGCUCAAGUAUAUGGUGCCACUGACGUUGGUCUAUUUUGCUGAAUAUUUGAUCAACCAGGGAUUGUAUGAAUUAGUGAACUUUGAAGACAUCUGGCUUACUAAUGAUGAGCAGUAUGAGUGGUACCAGAUGGACUACCAGCUGGGGGUGUUUAUUUCACGGUCCUCGGGCAGUGUUCUUCCCAUCAACAGACUCUGGAUACUCCCCAUACUACAGUUCGUAAACCUGGGUGUAUUUACCUCAGACGCUAUACUUCGUUACAUGCCCAGCAUCUGGAUCGUUCUGAUGCUGAUUUUCUGGGAGGGACUGUUAGGUGGCGCCGCCUAUGUUAAUACAUUCCGUAAAAUCAGAGAAGAGAUCCCUGCAGACCAUCGGGAGUUCAGUCUGGGCGUGGCGUCCCUGGGGGAUGCUCUGGGGAUAGCUGUGGCUGGGAUGGUUUCUAUUCCACUCCAUGUCGUACUAUGUGAUAAUGUGUAGGUGAAGGCAUCUGCAGAUGCUUCUUCUGGGUCCCACUUCAACAUUUCAUAGAAAAUAUCUUGCAUUUGAUUUUACUGCCUUUCAUCAUACAGCUGCUUUAUGAAAGAAAAAUGUAUUCCAUUUUUGAAUUAUAUUUAAUCAUCUUUAACCAGAUGAAUGUUAUAUUACUUAAAAUAACACCU